AUGGGGGUCAGUUUGGUUGCAAGGCCAGAGAUAUUGCUCCAUCUCCAAAACCUGGGAGUGGAUCUCAAGCAUGGGGAAAUGCUUCAUCUCAAAGCUAGAGCCAAAUAUCCAGUUCAUUUGCCUGCUCAAUCUCCUGCUUUUGCUCAACCUCAUGCUUCAUCCUUCAUACUGGAAAUCCAUCGGGGUUUUUCCUGCUCCAGGCCAAUCAGGUAUGCCCCAUCCGAUUCUUGGAGACCUUUACUCCCUGGUCAAUCAAACAUACAGCCACUUCCUGCUCAACCCACACAUACCUUGGGGUAUGGGUGUCACAGGCCAUCAAAGUACUGUGCCAGACAGGGGCCUGAGAAUCAAUACUGGUUGGGGCAAAUGCCAGUAACCCAAGCAUGGUUGGGGAGGACAAUUACCUGCGAGUACAAAUAUGAACUGGGGAACCCAGAACAAGCACAGGCUCCCGGAAAUGCAAAUUCAGGUUGGUCUGCACCUGUAAAUGGACAAUUUCCUGGAAAUGCGAUUCCUAGCUGGGUGCCACCUGGCCAAGGACCACCACCUUUAAAUGCAAAUCCAGGUUGGGUUGCUCCUGGACAAGGCCAGCCCCUGAAAUGCAAAUCCCGGUUGGGGGGCCCCUACUGGGAAUUCAGGCAUGUGGGAGGUGAACAGAAGAAUGGUGGAGACAGGUUCUCAGGCCAAAGAAUGGACUCCUCAGGUGGUGAUCCUGAGAUACUGCGCCUGAGUCAUCUACGUGAUCGAGCCAGUGAUUUAGGGCGUAGAAAAGAGCUUAGAGAAUGUGUGGAGAAGUUGCAGCUUUUAAAGACGCCAGAGGAGCGGCAGCGUAGACUGGAGGACAUUCCAGAAAUUCAUUCAGACCCUAACAUGGAUCCAAGUUAUGAGUCUGAUGAGGAUGAGGGUGAAACAGAUGACAAGAGACAAGAAAACUCUAUGAGACCAAGAGGCAGUGGCUUUAGCAGGAGAGGAAGAGAACCUAUUUCCCCUGGGAGGGUAGCUUCUGCUUCAAAUGAUUCUUUUAGUGGGACAAGGAAUUAUUCAGGUGGAAAUAAAGAAUUGAGUAGAAACUUGUCUAAUAAAGGUUUCUCAAACAAAGGGGAUGAUUUGUUUGGAGCUGGCGAGAUAGUGAAUGAAAAUCUAUGGAACCAAGCAAGAGCUAAAGAAACUCAGCAAUUAAACAGUUGGGAGAAGCCAAGAAUUGCUUCAAAUUUAGAAACUAGAAAUCCCCAUUCUGUGGUGUUAUCAGAACCAAGUUCUAGGGUUGUUUCAGAAAUUUCACCAAUACCUGGUUCUACAGGUGGAGCACAGUCUUCUCCCAAAAUUAACGAAUCAGAGAAAAUGUGGCACUACAAGGAUCCCUCUGGGAAAGUUCAAGGACCAUUUUCUAUGGUGCAGCUGCGAAAAUGGAACAACACUGGUUAUUUUCCUACUAAUUUGGGAAUAUGGAGAUCUAAUGAGAAGCCAGAGGACUCGAUACUUUUGACUGAUGCAUUGAGUGGCAAGUUCAAUAAAGAUCCUCCAUUGAUGGACAGCAGUUUGUCUCAAACGGUCUCAUACUCUGGGAAGCCUCAUGGAGCAACUUUGCAGCAAGGAAUGGAGAUUCAAGUUGGAGGAAAUUCAAACUUCGAUCAGAAUCGUACAGCUUGGAAUUCACAUGAUUCCCUGAGUUCUGUAGCUCAAUCGGUACUUGGUUCUUCUACAGGUGGGGCGGCUUCUUCCUCACUUGAGGUUCCUAAGAGUUAUAGAGAUGGCUGGGGUUCUGAAACGAACCUCCCAUCUCCAACUCCAAGUACCACAGUUCAGACCAAGGGAAAAACUUUUGAAAGAGAAUGGUCACCCACCCCUACUAAACCAUCUGGUCCCCUCAUGAUGGCCAACCAAUUUUCUGGAGGCAAUGGAGGGCAGCAAUCUUCUACUUUGCUUGUUCCAGAGAGUGGGCAAUUGUUGCAUACUUCCAUUCCAACACCUUCUACAUCAAAAUUGAGUGGUAAUGUGGAUAGUUUAAAUAUGUCUCAUGGAGUGAGUUUAGCAUCUAAGCCUGAAAUAGGCGAAUCACACAGGGUGCUAGUCAAUUCCCAUCAGCUACCAGUGACUAAUUCAACUGUUGCCUCUAUGAAUGCUGGUGUUGAUUUGAAAAAUAUUGGUGCUGCUAUCCAGAACUUGGUUCAACCUGUGACUACUCAGAUUCCCCCUGUAGAAACUCAUGGAUGGGGAUCAGGUUUGGUUGCAAGGCCAGAGAUGAUUGCUCCAUCUCCAAAACCUGGGAGUGGAUCUCAAGCAUGGGGAAAUGCUUCAUCUCAGAAGCUAGAGCCAAAUAAUCCAGUUCAUUUGCCUGCUCAAUCUCCUGCUUUUGCUCAACCUCAUGCUUCAUCCUUCAGUACUGGAAAUCCAUCUGGGGUUUUUCCUGCUCCAGGCCAAUCAGGUAUGCCACCAUCCGAUUCUUGGAGACCUUUACUCCCUGGUCAAUCAAACAUACAGCCACUUCCUGCUCAACCCAACAUACCUUGGGGUAUGGGUGUCACAGGCCAUCAAAGUACUGUGCCGAGACAGGGGCCUGAGAAUCAAGGUACUGGUUGGGGGCAAAUGCCAGUAAACCCAAGCAUGGGUUGGGGAGGACAAUUACCUGCGAGUACAAAUAUGAACUGGGGAACCCAAGGACAAGCACAGGCUCCCGGAAAUGCAAAUUCAGGUUGGUCUGCACCUGUAAAUGGACAAGUUCCUGGAAAUGCGAUUCCUAGCUGGGUACCACCUGGCCAAGGACCACCACCUUUAAAUGCAAAUCCAGGUUGGGUUGCUCCUGGACAAGGGCCAGCCCCUGGAAAUGCAAAUCCCGGUUGGGGGGCCCCUACUGGGAAUUCAGGCAUGUGGGGAGGUGAACAGAAGAAUGGUGGAGACAGGUUCUCAGGCCAAAGAGAUAGGACUCCUCAGGGUGGUGAUCCUGGUUAUGGUGGAGGUAGACCUUGGAAUAGACAGUCAUCAUUUGGCAACCGAGGAGGGGUAGAUUCAUCGAGGCCUCCUUUUAAUAAAGGGCAGAGAGUAUGUAAAUUCCAUGAGAGUGGACAUUGCAAGAAAGGAUCUCAAUGUGAUUAUCUACACACUUGAGAUAUGGGAAUUGAAUGGAGCGCUGUGCGCUGUGUAGAGCAGUUCAAUCUGUACAGUUAUUUUAGUUAAAGAAAGUUUGACAUUAAAUCUUUUUAAGCUUUAUACACAGUAUAACCUUUUGUAGAUUAGCGGUUACUUCAUCUUUUUGCAGUUUUGCGGCUCACCUGCUUUUUAUUAAUUUUAUUUGUCUCAGUGAA